UCCAUCAAAAUUACCGGCCGCGGCGGUUGCGCCAAGUAUUGUGGUACAGCUCCAUCACCCGGCAACAUUUCAUUCUCCAGCUUACGUCAAUCCUUUACUUCCAAUGUCAACUACCUGAAACGGAGAGAGUCCGGCGCGUACGAGCGUCACGUGUGUCCGGGUGAAAGAUUAAAAGAAAUUCGCUUGUCUUCCAGGUUCUCGUCAGGAGAUUUGAGCUCGGAGCUCGACGAUGAACCGAAUACGGAAUCCGGGCUGGCCUCCGUGGCGCGGCAGGACUCGUCCCAGCCGUAUCAGGCGGUCCCAGAUCGGCCUCUACAAUCUCAGCCGGCACCGCUCCCACCGACCAACCAACCGCCGAUCCCAGGAGCACCGCCAGCUGGACCACCUCAACCGAUCGGCGGUGAUCUCAGCUUGAACUUGAGACCGGGAUCGAGGACUACCAGCGCACCUUCCUCGCCGGCCAAAAGUCGAGAGAGUUUGUUGCAAAGAGUCCAGAGUCUUACCGGGGCUGCCAGAGAUCAGGGUGCCUCCAUUCUGGGAGCAGCCGUUUCGGGCGCCACGAGAGGACCCUCCUACAGCAAGGAUCGAUGCUUCACUCUCUUAGUGAUAGACGAUCAGAAUACCGAUUGGAGCAAAUAUUUUCGGGGUCGCCGGCUACACGGGGAUUAUGAGAUUCGCGUGGAGCAAGCGGAAUUCCGAGAGAUGUCCCUCACGGCGAACGAAGCAGGCAGUACCGUGUCUAUGGCAGUUUAUCGUAAUGGUACUAAAGUCAUCAGAUCUUUCAAGCCGGAUUUCGUGCUGAUUCGUCAAAAUUUGCGAGACGCUGGAGAGGAUUACAAGAACCUUCUUCUUGGUCUGAUGUACGGUGGCAUCCCGAGCGUUAACAAUCUUACCGCGAUUUACAACUUCCAGGACAAGCCAUGGGUAUUCGCGCAUUUAUUGGCUCUCCAACGUCGCUUGGGCAAAGAUAAUUUCCCCCUGAUCGAGCAGACUUACUACCCGAAUCAUCGUGAAAUGGUGAGCGCUUCGCGAUUCCCCGUAGUAGUGAAAUUAGGACACGCCCACGGAGGUAUCGGCAAGGCCCGCGCAGAAACGAAUCAAGAUUUCUUGGAUCUCGCAUCUUUGGCGGCAUUAACGAAUACUUAUUGCACCGCGGAGCCGUACGUCGACACCAAAUUCGACGUGCACGUGCAGAAAAUAGGAAACAAUUACAAGGCCUUUCUUCGAAAAAGCAUAACUGGAAACUGGAAAUCGAACACGGGUUCGGCCAUGUUGGAGCAAGUACCGGUGAGCGAGCGACAUCGUGUCUGGAUCGACAACGUGUGUCAACUCUUUGGAGGUUUGGAUAUUUGCGCGAUCGAGCUUCUCGUUGGUAAAGACGGCCGAGAACACAUCAUAGAAGUGAACGAUAGCGCGCUCUCCUUGAUGGGAGACUCACAGGAAGAAGAUCGCCGUCACAUCGCCGAUUUGGUUACCGCCAAGAUGCAAGCUUGUUGCCGACCACCCAGCGUUUUAACGAAAACAGCCUCGAGGGGUUCUAUGUCCGGUUCGAGCCAGGCUACGAGUCCCGUCGAAGAUUCACGUACGGCACCCCCAAGCGUACCUCCUCCGGCGGCACCUUUAGGAUCUCACGGAAGUAUGAGCUCGAUGGCGAGCAUAGGUAGCUUAGGUUCCACGACGGCCUUGGCAGGCGACGUUACUACUUCGGACAGCCAUCAUCAGCUUCAACGUCGCGAUUCUCAAGCAUCCCAAUCGAGCACGGUCAGCAGUGCGCCAUCGGUCGGUCGAAGACAAGAGGAACCACCGGCGAUACCAUCCAGAGUACCGUUUCAUCGUCAGGGUAGUCAGUCUCAGAAUCAAGGAGAAGACACGGAGGAUACGAUGAAGAAUCUUCGAAAAACGUUCGCUGGUAUAUUCGGCGAUAUGUAAUUCGUCGAAUCGAUCGACCAACGCAAAGGGAAAGAUCGAGGGAAAUCCGAUCAGGGAAUGCGAUAACGCGAGUCCAUAUGAUUGAUCCUUUUCAAGUCUGAAAAAUAUCGCCUUGUUUAAGGGACUCUUUUGUUUUAGCGAUACGGUUUAUAACGUCGACAUUUAAACGGCUCAACGAUCUCCCAAGUAUUUCCUACGGUAGCCUCGCAUCGAUGCGUAAACAUCUAUAUAUUUGCAGAUUGUUCAUUUACUUAUUCGUACUCGAUCCAAACGCGAUUCUUAGAUUGGAAGAAAAUUUUCUCGCUUGCCAGUAGUCGAUAUAUUCGCUGUUUCUCGAUAGAGUUUCGCAUCUUGAUAAUACGCGUUUAUUUUUCGAGAGUAAAGUCGACAUUGAUUAUAUUGAUAAAAGCGAUCGAACAACGAAUAAUUUUUUAACGAUAUAGGUCCAUGUCCGUACCUUUGUUUACAGUCGAUCAGUCGUUGGAAUUGUUUUAUAAAUUAACUCGAGAGUCGUUCGUCGUCUAAGCAAAGUUUCAAGAUAUCGGUCAACAGUAUGCUUUGGCAUUUCAUAUUUUAAGCGCACAAGUAGUUUGUAAGCUUUCGAAAAAAAAGCAUUUUAACGUUACGAUGUCUUUAAAACUACAAUGAACGACAUAUACGUGCGUGUAUACGUGAUGCGCACACUCACACUCUCACACACACACACACGCGCGCGCACACACACACAGCAUAUAACACAUCUCGCGUAUAAGGCGCUUGACCGUUGAUGUCGAAUUAGAAAAGAUUUUUAGAUCGCAAAAUGUUGAAAAUUAAAAUCAAGUCCAUUCGUUGAAAGCGUCUAUUAGCUUACCGUCGACGUCUGCGAAUAUAUAAAUGUUUAUGCAAUUCGUUAUCCAUUAUUUUGCUCGAUGCGAUACUUGAGAUGUCUUUGUUUAGAUCAAAAUGAAAUCGUGAAUUCGUGUCUCCAACUUAAGUUAUCGCGACAAAUAAGAGAGAGUAUUUCGACGUUGACAAAAUAUCGUGGCUUCAGCUCCUACCAAACUUAUUUUUUUCUAAUCAAAAAUUCUCUUUCUUUCUUACCGUUGUCAGUAUCGAGAUGAAACUAUUUUCAUUUGUUUUAUGCAUUUCAACGUGCCUUUUGACAACAUUAAAGUGUCCUUUAUAUGAUAUUCAUCAAGACGCGAUGUAAACGACGAUGGAAAUUCAAAAAUUAUAUUGAUACGAUACUUGUAAUAAAUCUGUCACGUCCAUGAGAAAAUUUCGAAAUUUAUGCACAAUUUACGGACAACCAUCGAUCAUUCAACGUAAUAUCACUUAAUCAUUUUUGGACACGAGCGUUAUACCGUCCAACGAAAGGAAAAAUUUCUCAAUUUGUAAAACCGUUAACAGUUUAACGUCCAAACUCGCACAAAUAAAUAUAAAGGAACUUAAUCGUUAGUUUUCCUGACUUGCAUUGAUAUUUUUAAGAAAGCAUCUUUAAAAUUUGCUAAAUUACUUGGGAAAUACAUCAUUCUUCUUCUCGAUGAUCAAAAGAUCGAAAGAUAAAGCACGGAUGAAUCGUCUUAAAAAAUCUGAUAAAACAUGAGAAUGAAUAUUUAUAUAAAGCUAUUUCUCGCGGAGGAAAAUCAGGAUGGAAGAAUGACAAAAACGACCAACGGCACUAACAAUAGCAAAUCGAUGAUCCCUUUUAAAAUCUUCAAUCGUAAAUACUCUUUAAAAUUUCUAAUCGAAGGUUGCGUUAAUUGUAAAUAAUGAAAUAAUUAAAGAAAGAGAUUGGAGCCACGAUAUGGUGCAUAACGAAUCGAUAUUAGAGAAAGGUGACGAUAGAGCGCCGAUUAAUAAAGACAAAGAAUACCUCAGGGGUGCGAACGCAAGCGAGUAGAUGAUACAUAGAAAAUUAGAAGAAACGUCUGUACUGAUAUGCAGAAAAGGAAAGAAAGCAAACGUAGAGGGACUAGUACCGUUAGACGAGUAUUCGGCAAUAAAGACGAAUUUCUUUCGACUGAGAAAUGUCGGACGAUUACUUCAAAAAUAGUUUCCUGUUGGUUCGCAGAUUCUAUAGCUGGACUCUGCAGCACAUUCCUAUGAUCGCAAUUGAUAGUAUUUAGUUGAACGUAACGAUUUUCUUUAACCAUUUCCAUUAUAACCUUUGUACGUAACUCCUCUACUCUAUAAACCUUAUUACAUUUUACACGUAUUAUCCGAUACCAUUAUGGUUUCAUAUUUUUAUACUAUUUAUUAUCCCCCGCAGAUAUCGAAGAUGCGAUAUUUGAUGGAAACGUUUCUUAAAAAAUAUCUAUCAAAAAAAAAAAAAUUAUCGAUACUUCCGAGUAAUUUAUUCGUAUUGCGUUUGACAGGGCUGACUAAUUAUUAUAUAAGAAGCAUCCAAAAUUAUUAUUAGAAAGAGUCGUUUCCUUAGAAUAUUACCGUUGGAUUAUCACGUAGUAUUGCGAACAAUAACGAUAAUAUCCUCGAUACGAAAUUCCUCUCCAUUAUUAUUCACGUACCUUUGAACGAAGUAAUAACAAUACUAGCAAUAUAUCUAUAGUUUAUAACCCUCUGUUGCACGAAGGUAACCGACAAACCUUCCACUGGUAAACGCGUCUUCGUUGUUGCGCCUUUUUAGUAAACUACACGUACACAAAUAUUAUCUCGAUUAAAAAACAAGAAUAUCGUUUCGUUUGAUCGUGUAUUACAAAAAAAAAAAAUAAUAAAAAAGAAAAAAAAAGCGGAGAAUAAACGGCGAUCUCUUCUGUAAAAAGGGGAAAGUCGUUGUGAAAUAAAAAAAAAAACGUACCUACGUGUAUUUUCAAUAUACAUAUAUUUCGUAGUCGUGAUUGGCGAGACACAGAUUAGAAAAGAAGAAAAGAAAAAAAAAAGAAAAAAAAAAGAAAACAAAAUGUUAAAAGUUCGAGUACGCGAUUGAAGCUUCGAAUUUGUCCGUAACAUUUAUUCGUCGUUUUAGAUAAUUAGACGAAACGAAAGACAAAGUGAAACUUAAACUGCGUAUAUUAUCGAACUCUCCUCCCAUUGCCCGUACUAAUCGAGCGUUCGUUUGAUACUAAUCGAGGAGAAAUCUUUUACGUACGGCAUAUCGGUUUGGCGGGUCAAGUUUACCGACGGUUGCUGCCAGUUCAGUGCCUCCAACGUGUUUCUUUUUCGUUCAUUCUUAAACAUAACGAAAGAGAAAGAGAGAGAGAGAGAGAGAGAGAGAGAAGGAGGGGUGGAAGAAAGAAAAGUGAGGAUUACGAAAGAGAAAGGAUCGAUCGUCUCGACCGUCCGCAUCUUUACAGAGAGAGAGAGAGAGAGAGAGAGAGCACAUUUUUGUCGAUGAAUGUAAAAGCUUUUUUAUCAACGAACCAAAGAGACAAGUAAAAAAACAAAAUUUAAUCAGGGAACGUAACACCAGUAUUUAAUUAUUACAUUAACCAAAAGAGACGUUUGCAUGCUAACUAAACAAGAUUGCUUUCGAGAGUAUCACAUCAAUUAAUCGAGUGACCGCGAGAUUAUCGUUUGGAAAAGAAGCAGUGUCAACAACGAAAAUCAUCGAUAUCAAAGAAUGAAAUGACAAGUGCAAUUCUAUUAAAAAAAAAAGGGUAAAAUAGAAAGCGUAUCAACAUCUUGAGAUUAAUAAAUUGGAAAAGGAGCCAACGAGAGUACGCAUUAUUGAUUUAGUCUCGAUUAAGCGAAAGCUCGUUAACACGAUAAAUACUCAAACUCUGUGUAAUGGAAACUCUUUUAAAAUACAUAAAAUAAAGUAAACGUUAAAUUAAACGGUUAAAAAAAAAAUAUGUGAAGUUAUAAAUCUCUAGCGGUAGACGUUGUCGACGGCGAAGUACAAAGUUGCCCGACACGCGUAACCACCUUGAUUUCAAUGCGUGCUAGCCACAUGUAUAAUAAUCACACACGAAAAUACACACAGAAUUUUGAAAAAAUAAUAUAUAUAUAUAAGUAAAUAUAUGAUUAUAAAUUAACAUUAAAAUGAUAAUAAUAUAAUGCUGCAUAAACUUUAACGAUUAUUAUCUUCGAAUACAUCUCGAUGUUACUCAUUCGAUAAUACAAAAUAUAAUAAUUGAUAAUCAGCCUAUCGUGCCGAGGAAAAAUGAGAGAAAAUAAAAAAGAGCCAGACCGACAUUGAUUAACGUUUGACGGAUCUUAGAAAGACACAGGUCUAAUUAAUACUACGUAUUUAUAUGAUAUAUAUAUAUAUAUAUAUAUAUAUAUAUAUAUAUAUAUAUACGUAUAUAAUGUAUAGAGGAAGAGUAUACGUGGGUCGUGAAAGCGCAGUUGAAAGUUUCGAACAAAAACGGGGAACGAUCGAAUGGUCAGGAAAGUUUGAAAGAAUAGAAUCAAAAGACGAAUCUCGAACGAUCGUAAGCUUUCAUUGAUGCGCGAUGAGGAUUGUAACGUCGAAAAGAAGUAUGAAGAGGGGGAAAAGGUAAAAGAAAAAGCGUAUUAACAUCUUGAUAUUAAUAAAUCGGAUCGAUUGGAUUGAUCGAUGAUCAACGAAGAUCAGAACCAAGGACGGUCCAACCUCCUAGAGAAUUAAGUCCUCGUAACUUAUAUUAGAUGAACGACAAUAUAAAAUCGUGCGAUUCGACGACGAUGUGCAUUAGCGUGUAGGGAGAAUGACUGGGGAUGUUCUUUUUUUUUGUUCGCUCUUUCAAAACUUUCGUAAUCGUCGAAUUGCGUAAGACUUGUGUUUUUUUAGAACUAUGGACGCUGUUUUUACUCGAGAAAGGAGAAAAAAAAAAGGGAAAAGAAAGACAAUACGAACAACGAAAGCGAUAGGAUAUCGGAUUUAAAAGAAGAAGAUAAAACAGCGUCCGUACGAAAAUCGUACACGACAAUCGCCGUGGAAAAUAUGUUGACACGCUUCAUAAUAUGUAUUUUGCCGUAACAAGCAAUCUGUUUACAUUUUUUUGUUUCGAGCUCCGAUUUACGUACCGCGUACACGAACGUAUUGUUUACUUUCGUCGCCUUACCAUGUAGUCCGAAUCGGGCAAUCGUAAGAAGCGAACGUAUAAUUCUAAGUUUAUAUAAGAAACUCGCACGGAAAGUAAAUUGAUACGUAUCUUUACUAGUAUCCAUUUACAAGAUAUUUAUGCAAUAAGUAUUAAUUCACAAUGUGUUCGUCAAAUUUCGUGCAGUAUUCCAUAGAGUGUAUUGUAUUCGUACGUAAACCACCGUUUUUUAGUGCCGAAAAUACGAGAACUUACUCCUGCAGAAAGAUCACUAUUAUUUAAUAGAAGAACGAAAGGAGAUUCUUUGUGCGUUGGGUUUGUUUUUCCUCAAGUGGCGUUGUCGCGUAUAUCGACGAACGAAGGGUAUAUAAAUAUUUUACGACGAAAUUUGCAAUUAUCGUCGUCAACAUACUUUCCGCAAAUAGAUAGAAAAAAUCGUUUAAUUCUUGUCGAUAAUUGUUAUAUAUUCCGUUUGAACAGCGACGUUAAAUUUGCUGGUUUGUAUUAUGUUAAAAAUAUAUAUGGCGUUUAUUUAUUCGAUUAUUUAUGAAUAUCUAUUUAAAAAAGAAAAUAUGUAUUUUUGAGAUGUGUCAACGUACUUUCCGCGGCGAUUGUACGUACUCGAAUCGAUUUGUUUCUUUUUUUUCUACGAACAGGAUGCGAUUUGUUAUCGUUAUAAAGGGGUUAAAUACUAAGCGAAUGCAGAAGGAAAAAUGAAGAAAGACGAUGUACGCUAGAAACUAAAAAACGUGAGACGAAGAGAAAAAAUUAAAAUGCGAGUUCUAUCUGUCAUCGUUAAUUGUUAAAUAUUAUUCGACUUUCGACUCGAGCGAUGGUCUCUAUAAAUUUAAGCUUACAAUCCAAUAAAAUUACCUAUAUCCCAGAUGUCAACAGGAAAAACGAUAAGGGACGCGCAGUAGAGACGAGAUAUAUGAGAGAUUGUAUAAAAUAAUAAGUAAAAAAAAAAAAAAGACAUUUAUAUAUACAUAUAUAGAGUAGGAACGUGAAGUAUGCGUUAUUGAUACAUAAUGGCUAGAUAUUCUGACUUCGUACUACGUGCUCGUUGUCGGUCGACUUUUAUUUAUUGAUUCAUUUCAUCGUUCGUGGAUAUUCUCUUUAAAUUAUCCAUCAGAAUUUUUCCGUCGAAUGAUUACAGCGAUACGAUCGAUUGAACGGACGAUCGAAAGAUAUUUGAUUCGUUGGAACAACGUAAGGGAGGAAAAGCCGAUUGCCAGCGAGCACGGGAUUAGCUAUUAUGAGCUUAAAUAUGGAACGUUGUUGCGGCAAUGAAAUGUUUGUUUUGAAGAUUUAUUUGAAAACAAUUUCAAAAGAUACUUUCAAUGGUGUCAAUUCGUUUGAAAUUUGUAUAAUUUCUCUUUGUUCGCUUCUUACGUUCGAACGUUUCAUUAUCGCAUCAACCAUUUCGUCUAACAUCAAACGAUCUUUCGAACACCGGUUAUCAAGCAUUAUUACUCUCAUCGAUUGACUGUUAACCACGAUAGAAUUAUGAAGUAUUCUGUAAAAUUCCUAACUUUACGAUUGUUACUGGAAAAUGCGCAUUCAUAAAUGUGUUAAAGCGAUAGAUGAAUGUCCAUUGUGUUAUGUAGGUACAUAUAAUAUACAUAUGUUGCGUUGUCAUUGAAUUAUUAUUAUUAAUAUUAUUAUUACUAUUAUUGUAUCGCUAUUAUCGCUAUAUUAACGAGAUCGACGGCAAUUGAUGAAAUAUCGCCGUAGCAAAGUAUUUUAGACAGCCCCGAGUGACAUUAUAUAAAUAAUCGAUGUGUAAUAAUCGUCGUAAAAGUUUUCCAAUUCACCGAUUAGCCGAUGCACUCAUAAAAUGUGAAUCGCGAUUUAAACGAAGAAAAAAGAAAAAAAAAACGAAUUAUUAUCACUCCUCGAUAAAUGUAUCGCAAGAAACAAGUAACGCAAAGGAGACGUUUGUAAUCCGCGAUUAGAGGUAAUCUCGGGCACGCUGUAUUGGAAAUGUGCCCGACGUAUAGGAUCCGUUAAAGUAUCGUUAACGCGAAACGUAUGUCUGUAUAUGCAGGUGUGUGUGUGCGUGCGUGCGUGCAUAUACACACACACACACACACAUAUAUAUAUAAACACAGACACCCACACGCAUAUAUGCAUACAAGCUGAACUGUAAUAAUAAAACAAUAUCUAAGAGUAAAA